CCGGGAACCUUGAAUAUGGAGUUGGUGCUAAAUGUCUGAUGGCAGCGGAAGCCGCCGGGCCCUUGCCUAGAGACAUGUUACUGCUCAUCGGGGUUGUGUGCGGCUUGAGUUACCAUGGUGAGACCUGUGUGUGACAGAACCAGCAUCAGUGACCAUGAGAAGGAGUUUAGCUCCCAGUCAACUGGGAAAAAGAAAGCCGGGUAGCUCAUCUGAAGACGAGGAAUGGCGUGACGAUACAGUCCCAAAAAGAAAACGUUCUGCCACUGACCAGGACAGUCGCGACAGCUGGAUCUCACCUUUCCGUAAACCAUUGGCGCAGCUGACAAAUCGUCCAUUGUGCCUUGAUAGCCGCCAACAUGAAGCCUUUAUCCGUAGCAUAUUGUCGAAGCCUUUUAAAGUACCAAUUCCAAAUUACAAAGGAGGUUUGGGCUUGCGAGCUUUGGGCAUUAAGAAAGCUGGCGUAAGGAGAGCACUUCAUGAUCCCUUUGAAGAGGCUGCUUUGGUCCUGUAUGAGCCUCCUCUGCUAAGUGCCCACGAUCAGCUUAAAGUUGACAAGGAUAAAGUUCCAGUACAUGUUGUGGUUGAUCCUGUCCUUGUAAAGGUUCUGAGACCACAUCAGAGAGAGGGUGUGAAGUUCCUUUGGGAUUGUGUGACUGGAAGACGUAUUGAUGGGAGUCAUGGCUGCAUCAUGGCAGAUGAAAUGGGAUUAGGAAAGACCCUACAAUGCAUUAGCCUCAUGUGGACAUUACUCAAACAAAGUCCAGAUGCCAAACCUGAAAUUGAAAAGGCUGUUGUAGUUUGCCCCUCCAGUCUUGUGAAGAACUGGUAUAAUGAGGUUGGCAAAUGGCUGGGAGGACGGAUACAGCCACUGGCCAUUGAUGGAGGCUCCAAAGAGGAGAUAGACAGGAAACUAGCGGGGUUUAUGAACCAGCACGGGACACGGGUCCCCUCGCCAAUCCUAAUUAUUUCGUAUGAGACGUUCCGUCUGCACGCUGAGGUGCUGCACAAGGGCAGUGUGGGAUUGGUCAUCUGUGACGAGGGCCACAGACUAAAGAACUCUGAAAAUCAAACUUACCAAGCACUGAACAGCCUGAACACAGCGCGACGUGUCCUUAUCUCUGGGACACCUAUUCAGAAUGACCUUCUGGAGUACUUCAGCCUUGUUCACUUUGUCAAUGCUGGGAUUCUAGGGACCGCACAAGAGUUUAAGAAACGUUUUGAAAUCCCCAUCUUGAAAGGAAGAGAUGCUGAUGCCAGCCCGGCAGACCGGCAGAAGGGAGAGGAAAAGCUGAAAGAGCUGAUUAGUGUUGUAAACAGGUGUCUUAUCAGAAGAACCUCAGACAUUCUGUCCAAGUACCUUCCAGUGAAGAUUGAACAGGUGGUUUGCUGCAGGUUAACUCCUCUCCAGUCCGAGCUCUACAAACUGUUCUUAAAACAAGCAAAGCCUGUAGAGGAACUGAGCGGGGGGAAAAUGAGCGUGUCUUCACUGUCCUCUAUCACAUCUUUAAAAAAACUUUGCAAUCAUCCUGCGCUGAUUUAUGAUAAAUGUGUAGAAGAGGAGGAAGGAUUCCAAGGAGCAGUAAAUUUAUUCCCCCCUGGGUAUAGCACUAAAGCUGUGGAGCCGCAGUUAUCCGGGAAAAUGUUGGUUCUGGAUUAUAUCCUGGCUGUCACCAGAAGCACAAGCAAUGACAAGGUUGUCCUUGUGUCCAAUUACACCCAGACGCUGGAUUUAUUUGAGAAGCUCUGCAGGACUAGGAGGUAUCUGUAUGUGCGUCUCGAUGGGACCAUGUCAAUAAAGAAGAGAGCGAAGGUAGUGGAACGCUUCAACAGCCCCUCAAGCCCAGAGUUUGUGUUUAUGCUGAGCAGCAAAGCGGGCGGCUGUGGCCUCAACCUGAUAGGUGCAAACAGACUGGUAAUGUUUGAUCCUGAUUGGAACCCUGCAAAUGAUGAACAGGCGAUGGCUCGUGUGUGGAGAGACGGGCAGAAGAAGACCUGUUUUAUCUACAGGCUUCUCUCGACCGGCACCAUAGAAGAGAAGAUCUUCCAGCGUCAGACUCACAAGAAAGCCCUGAGCAGCUGUGUGGUAGAUGAGGAGCAGGACGUGGAGCGACACUUCUCUAUAGGGGAACUAAAGGAACUCUUUACGCUGAAUGAGGAUACGACCAGUGACACCCAUGACAAGUUCAAGUGUCGCCGCUGUGUGAAUGGACAUCAAGUCAGACCGCCACCUGAUGGGACAGACUGCACAUCCAACCUCUCACAGUGGAAUCACUGCGCAAAUAAGCGAGGGCUGCAGGACCCAGUUCUGUUGGCAGCUUGGGAUGCUGCUGUUUCAUUUACAUUUCAUCACCGUUCCCAUGAGGAGCAGAGGGGCAUCAUCUAGUCACAAAGAGCAAGGGCAGAUACAGUGACUGGAGCUGCCCACAAUCUAUCCUUCUGCUACAAACUUGUGUUGUUGUGGUUAUGAAGGAGUUAAUAAGGCUGAAUUACUUUUUUUUUAUUUAUUAAAUAAAACAAACAAACAAACAUGGCUCUGUAUAGAGUAUGAGACAAAAGGAAGAUGCAAAACUUUCUCAGUGAUGUUUAUACGGACUCUGUAAUUUUGUCUCUAUGAUACAAAUGGUAGAGUUGGAGUUUAGGAGGUAACAGGUUAUUUCUGUAUAUUCUGGCUCAUUAAAGUGAAUGUCUUAUUUA